AUGGGUCUAACGGUGUCUCCAUUGACUCGCAUUAUCUCGCUGUCAGGCUUCCUUGCUCUAGGAUUUCUACUAGUCAUUUUGAGUUGUGCUUUGUUUCACAACUACUACCCUCUUUUCGAUAUUCUCCUCUUUUUAGCUGCUCCAGUUCCCAAUGCCCUCUUUAGCAAGCGCAAUUUCGAAUCAAAUGAUUUCAUGAGCGACUCCAACAGUAACGUCGAGGACGUGGGUCAUUUUUUCACAGGCCUACUGGUCACAAGUGGAUUAGCACUACCCACCGUGUUCUACCACUGCCAAUUAAUCAACCAUUACAGUUGUAUUAUGAGCACAGCCGGAGGUGUGAUCAUUUACCUUAGCAUAGUUGUAUUUUCGUGGUUUUUUAAUUCCGGGUGGGAUGACGAAGACGACGGAAUGUUUGGUUACUAA